GCGGCGCGGCGGCGCGCGCAGAGCGGGGAUGAGCGCGGGCUGAGGCGGCGGCGGCCGCGUAGGGGCGGCCAUGGUGGCUCACGACGAGCUCGGGGGGCUGCUGCCCAUCAAAAGGACUAUCCGGGUGAUCGACGCGCAGAAUCAGUCCUUCAGGGAGCAGGAGGAGCCAAGCAAUAAGCGGGUUCGUCCUUUAGCACGGGUCACAUCCCUGGCGAACUUGAUCUCUCCUGUAAGAAAUGGUGCAGUUCGGCGCUUUGGGCAGACAAUACAGUCAUUUGCCCUUCGCAGUGACAGCAAGUCUCCAGGCUGUGCCCAGAAGUCAUGUAGCAGAUCCGCUGCUCCUACUCCUCCUAAAAGAAGAAACAGCGUACUUUGGUCUGAGAUGUUAGAUGUCAACAUGAAAGAGUCCCUGAGCACCAAAGAAAUUAAGCGCCAGGAGGCAAUAUAUGAAAUGUCCAGGGGAGAGCAGGACCUAAUUGAAGACCUGAAGCUGGCCAGAAAGGCCUAUCACGAUCCCAUGCUGAAACUCUCUAUCAUGUCUGAGGAGGAACUCACCCACAUAUUUGGGGACUUGGAUUCUUACAUUCCUCUGCACGAAGACUUGUUGGCAAGUUUAGGAGAAGCAACAAAACCAGAUGGAACAGUGGAGCAGAUUGGGCCCAUUCUUGUCAAGUGGUUACCACGACUCCAUGCCUACAAAGGUUACUGUAGCAAUCAGCUGGCAGCCAAAGCGCUUCUGGAUCAGAAGAAGCAGGACCGGAGAGUGCAGGACUUCCUUCAGCGCUGCCUUGAGUCUCCUUUCAGCCGCAAGCUAGACCUCUGGAGCUUCUUGGACAUUCCUCGAAGUCGGCUGGUCAAAUACCCGCUGCUCCUAAAAGAGAUCCUGAGGCACACUCCCAAAGACCAUCCCGAUAUCCAGAUUCUGGAAGAAGCCAUAUCUAUAAUCCAAGGAGUCCUCUCUGACAUCAACCUGAAGAAGGGGGAGUCGGAGUGCCAGUAUUACAUUGACAAGCUGGAGUACCUGGAUGAGAAGCAGAAGGACCCGAGGAUUGAAGGCAGCAAAGCUUUACUGUGCCACGGGGAGCUAAAGAAUAAAAACGGACAUAAACUCUACGUUUUCCUCUUCCAAGACAUCCUGGUUUUGACCCGGCCGGUCACUCGCAACGAGCGUCAGGCCUACCAAGUGUACAGGCAACCCAUCCCCGUCCAGGAGCUGCUCCUCGAAGACCUGCAGGAUGGCGAUGUGAAAAUGGGAGGCUCCUUCCGAGGAGCUUUUGGCAAUUCCGAUAAAGCUAAAAAUAUCUUCCGAGUUCGUUUUCAAGAUCCCUCCCCGGGCCAGUCCCACACGCUGCAGGCCAACGAUGUCUUCCACAAGCAGCAAUGGGUCAAUUGCAUCCGAACCGCCAUCGCUCCCUUCCAGCGAACUGCUGCUGCUGCUGAGCUGAAGGAGCUGCCGGAGCUGAGCGAAGAGGCCGAGGAGAACAACCCCUCCGCGCCCAACAUCAAAGCCCAGAAGAGGCAAUCGGCCAUGUCUGGCAUAACCGAGAUGGAGCUGGACGAAAGCACGUCCGAGUGCGGCUCCAUCCUGGACUCGGAGGAAGCCAAGGGGAUGAAAACACACCGAACGUCAUCCGGGCACAGAAAAACGCGGGAGAAGCAGCUAAGUGGCAAGCGGAAAGAAACGCUGGUGUAAAAGAAAAAAAAGAAAAAAAAAAAAAAAGGAGCCCAGCGCCAUCCUGGUGCAAGACUGUUUAUUUAUAAAUAAUUUGUACAUUUUUCUUGUAAUGUGAGCAUGAUCGGGUUCACUCUACUGAACGGAAUAUUUUUUUGUUUGGGGUUUGUUUUUUUUUUGUUGUUGUUGUAAUGGCAGCUACUGGUAUACAGUUAACACUGUUGAACUGGAGUCUGUUUUUACAAACGUGGCCACUUUGAACCUGGUUUUAGCGCUCUUAGUGAGUGAUUCAGAAGCCUUCGUGCUUUUGAGUGCUCACGACAGGUUUGAGGAGCACACUUUGGCUUCUGAAAGGUUUCCACGCGCGGUGUUUGAGGCUGGAAACCAGUAAAGCUAAAGCAGAAGUUUGGGCCGUCACCGCGAGCCUGGGGGCACCUCCCUUGGCAGGGGGUUUGGAUCAACACUGCGAGACUCGAAACUUGAAUUCAUGUUUUCUUCUUCUCUUGUACAGUGUGUGGUUAUCAGAGUCCAGGCAACUUCUCAUGUUAAGAAGAAAAAUAACAAAACAGACCCCAGGUUCAACAGGUUCUCAAUUUUACCUACUGGAAUCUUUCAUCUUACUGUCUCCUUUGUACAUUCCUCAUUUUCACUCUUGUAACCUGCCAGAUAUUUAAUUUUUUUAUUAGUUGUUUUGUUUCAACUUUGGGGGUUUUUUUUUUUGGUUUUUUCUUUGUUUUUUCUUUUUUCUUUUUUUACUUUUGUAUGUCAUUGUUGUUCAGACUUGGCAUUUCUUUUUUGAGUACUUGAUCCUUCUGAGGUGUGCGUGUACGGACUGUUUCUCACGUGUCACUCCACAGUUCUGCGGGGCGCGGGCGAGCCAUCGGCUGGCAGGAGACGCUCGACGUCAGCCACGUCAACGGCUCGCGCGUGCUCCGCACUACUGUCAGAGAACUGCGUCGGUAGCGGGGGAUUAGGAACGUUUUGGUUUAGGAAGGUUUUAGGCACGUCGUAAAGGGUUUUGGGGAGGGAAGAGGAGCAGCAGAUAGAGGGGGAGUAGCAGGGAGCAAAGGUAGAUUUUUCUUGUUAAUGUUGCCUUUUGGAAAUGAAACGCCUUCCGCGGGGAGGCAGGACUGGAGGCAACCAGGGGGUUUAUUGCAUGUUGUAGAAAGGUAGAGAGAAGAAAGCGUUUGAAGCUGAUGAGGCGUAAGGAGGGAGGAGGUAGCGGUUGUACAUACUCGUAAUGGCGACACUGCCAUGUUCUAGUGGUCCAAAGAGUCGUGUGAGAGAUGCCAGCGCGGUAACCGCGUUGCGAUGCGGUGGAGGAAACAAAGCGGUGACAGCUUUGAGCAAAGCCAGCAGGUUGUUCCUGCCGUUGGACUGGGGAUGGUGGGGCGAGCAAGCGAUCCCACCACACCUGUCCUCGAGCGUUCCCCGCUUGAGAAGCCCUAACGGGUGUAGAGGGUUAUUGCCUGUCACGUGUGUGGCCAGUAAUGGUGGCAACGGGAAGAGGGUGUACAUAGACUCAAACGUGUGGUUCUCUGUAAAUGUAUUGUACAGUUCCGAGUGCCAAAUAAAACUAAAUUCCUGA